AUGUCUGCCGCAUACCAACCCGCACCCCAGAGCGCCGGCUCUGCUGUCGGCUCGAUGACGUCGCCUACCAAUGCCCAGGCCCACAUGCCACAAGCUCACUCCGCGCAUCAGGCGUCACCCAUUGUCCCGUCGCAAUCCCAUUAUCAGCAGCCGAACUUCCCACAGCCAUAUGGGGUGACGACUGCCAUGCCUCAAACAUAUGGCAUCUCGCCCACGCAGGCCGCUGCGAUGGCCACUGCUGCGGCUUCCGGGCAAUUCUACCCUCUACACCAAGACUCCAUGAACCAAAUGUCGCAAGGAGCUCGCGGAUCUCCGCGCAUGGGUGGAGUGCCUGUCAAGGGGGACCGGAAUCCUCGCUCGCCGCCGCAGAUGACGGGCCAGAUGCCCCCAAUGACUUCGCAAGUGCCCCUGUCGCAAAGCGCUCAGUUGCAGUCGCGUCGCAUGAGCCAUGUCGGUAGUCCACCGCAGCCGGUUCUCAAUCACGUUCGACCGUCGGUGGCACCCUCAAUGCCACCGCCGCAUCAUGCUCCUGUGCAGCCAAGCCAGCCGUCACCGGAGUUGGUCAGUGGCGGGGCCGAAGAAUCGCCCCUUUACGUGAAUGCGAAACAGUUCCAUCGCAUCUUGAAGCGGCGUGUUGCGAGGCAAAGACUUGAGGAACAGUUGCGGCUCACAUCCAAAGGCCGUAAGCCUUACCUUCACGAAUCUCGGCAUAACCAUGCCAUGCGGCGGCCUCGCGGCCCAGGUGGUCGAUUUUUGACGGCCGAUGAAGUGGCUGCAAUGGAAAAGAAAUCUGACGAUUCCGUCAUAUCGGGGCUAGAGAAUGUCCAGACCACUGCCGUCAAACCUGCAUCGUCCGCGGGCCAUAAGCGGAAAUCCAGUGAGGUGAACGACGAUGUGAAUGCGCCCAAGAAAACGAGGACCGUUGCGCCAGCUCGGCCAACUGCUGGUGUUGAAGAGAGUGAGCCUGAUUCUGCCGAUGCGUCGGAUGACGAUGGAUGA